ACAGAGGAGAGGAGCCACCCGAGAAGGCACAAACACCUUUCUUCCCCUAAGAAAACCAGACAUACACAUAUUCCUAGACAAAGCUUUCUCCUUUACAACUCUUCCUAUAAACCUCUCUCUCUCUCUCUCUCUCUGUGUAAAGAAACCUUCUUCCUCAGCUCAGCUUUCCUGGAAAAUGGUUAAAUACCAGAGGAAAAAUCUGUAUAGCCAGUGGAAGAAAAGCAAAGACUAUUACUACUACAUGUUUGAUGAGGAUGAAGAGUCUUCUUGCUCAUACCCUUUUACCUUAAUCUAUGCAAACACCAAGAAAAGAGCAAAGCCCAAGUUUUUCUACUUCGCUUUGCUUUCUCUGCUUUCUUGCUGCCUGAUUUUACCACCCCUGUUCUUGUUCUUCAACUCAAACUUCUCCUUGCUCCAUUCAUCUGAUAAAGAAGGCCGUGGUUCAGGAACUGAUGUAGAUGGCUUCCUUUGCUCAGCUGUUCCUAAUGGUACUAUUUGUUGCGACAGAAGUAGUAUAAGAACAGACAUAUGUGUAAUGAGAGGGGAUGUAAGAACUCACUCUGCCUCCUCGCCUCUCGUCCUGUACGAUACUGUUGGUUUGAAUGCUUAUGCUCCGGGCCUAUCUGAUGGUCAUGAUGAUGAAGGGCAGGUGAUCCAGCAUGAAAAGAUUAGGCCAUAUACGCGAAAAUGGGAAACCAGUGUGAUGGGUACAAUUGAUGAGUUAGACCUAAUCCUAAGAAGAGAGUCGAGCGUUCAUCAGAGGUGUGAUGUCCAGCACGACGUCCCUGCUGUGGUUUUUUCGACUGGAGGCUAUACGGGCAAUCUUUACCAUGAAUUCAACGAUGGGAUUUUGCCUCUAUACAUCACUUCUCAGCAUUUCAACAAGAAGGUUGUUUUCAUCAUGCUUGAAUAUCAUAAUUGGUGGAUUACAAAGUAUGGUGACAUAAUCUCCGAGCUCUCCGAUUUUCCAGCUAUAGAUUUUAGUGGGGAUAAAAGGAUCCACUGCUUCCCAGAAGCGAUAGUCGGCUUAAGAAUCCAUAAUGAGCUCACAGUUGAUUCUUCCUUGAUGGAAGGCAAUAAGACGAUCAGAGACUUCCAUGACCUCCUGGACCGAGCCUACUGGCCUCGUAUUAGUAGUCUCAUCCAGGAUGAGGAACUUGAAGCUCAGUCAAGACUGGCGAUUUCACCAUCAGUGGUUAAUCCAAUUGAGACAAAAACAGAAAAACGAGGGUUGGAUCAACCUAAACUGGUUAUAGUAUCUAGGAACGGCUCAAGGGCAAUAACCAACGAAGAUUCACUUGUGAAAAUGGCUGAGGCUACUGGUUUUGUAGUUGAAGUUUUGAGGCCUGAAAGAACCACUGAGCUUGCAAAAAUCUAUCGAGUCCUCAACUCAAGCGACGUUAUGAUUGGUGUCCACGGUGCUGCCAUGACUCACUUCCUCUUCAUGAAGCCUGGUUCUGUUUUCAUCCAAGUGAUACCCCUUGGCACUGAAUGGGCAGCAGAAACUUACUAUGGAGAGCCAGCUGGGAAAUUCGGGUUAAGAUACAUUGGCUACAAGAUCCUCCCGAAUGAGAGCUCAUUGUACAAUGAUUACGACAAGAACGACCCCAUUUUGAAUGAUCCAAGCAGCGUUAACCGUAAGGGAUGGGAAUUCACAAAGAAAAUCUAUCUUGAUCGACAAACCGUGAAGUUGGACUUGAAAAGAUUCCAGAAGCGCUUGCUUCGCGCCUACUACUACACUGUAGCUAGGAAGAAAGGGCGUUCGCAUCGUCUAUCUGAGUAACAUCGCAGCUCUCUUUAAGAUCAUUUUUCUAACACAUUCUUUGGCAGUUCCACUUUGUAAAUGAGUAACUACAGAAGGAAGAAAAUGGUUGUAGAGAUUAGUGUAUCACUGUCUUUUUGUACAUCAAACAGCAAAGAAUAAGCUUUCUUUUUGGUUUUAGUGAAGCGAAAAAAGAAAAAAAGUUGGCCAUCUUUAUUAUUCAGA